AUGCACCGCACCCCAAGGAAAUUUCGAGCCGGUAGUAUUAUCGCCCUCGCACUGGCUGCCGCACCCAAGGCCUUGAUCUUGGACGAGCCAACCUCAGGUCUGGAUGCGACGGCCGCACAUUCUCUGAUGAAGCUUCUGCACUCGAUCUCCCGUCAGGGGAUCAUGGUGAUUUGCGUGAUCCACCAGCCACGCGUCGAAAUAUUUCAUCUGCUGGAUGAUGUUCUCGUUCUGAACGCCGGGACGCAGGUAUAUCUUGGAAAAGCAGCCAAGGCGCAGUCGUUCUUCGAGACGCUAGGCAACAAGUUUCCCGUUGCAUCAAACCCAGCGGAUGUGAUCCUUGAUGUCUUAUUAAACCAUCCCCAUACCCAGGGUGGUGAAGAGAUCUCUCUGCGGGUAUCAAUAGAGGAAAACCCAUCUCCCGAAACCGGAGCAGCAGAAGCCCUGACCGCGCUCUAUAAGACCAUCAAGCAAAGGAGAGCGUCCUGGCCUCGCCAACUUUGGCUCGUCUUUUUCAGGAGUAUAGUCCAACAGAGCCAACAGACGACAGGCCUUGCUCUGGAGAUUGUAUCCAGCGCAGUCAUUGGUCUCAUGAUCGGAUUAGCCGCGUUUGAAUCCAGAGGCCACUUCUUCCAAGGGAUCUAUCACCAUCCAUUUGACCUCCUUUCCAGUGCGGUUGAAUAUCGUCUGAUAGCCGAACAGGGUCUCUUAUGUUGUCUUGCGAUAGGUAAGGCUUCUCGUUCUUCUUCGACCUCAUUUCCGUUGGCUAAUGAAAUGUCCUGA